AUGCUCUCGUUGAUUGGCCCCCGGAUUCCCACGGACGCUAUCCCCCCGCAGAGUGUCACGUGGACCGGGGGGGCAGCACCCGACAAUCCGGAUUUUCCGGACACUGCGUCGUUAUCAUCAUCUGCAUCGACUAGCGCCCCUCUCCACGGAGUAUACGCGCGACCCCAGUGCCCCCAGGUACCCCGGACUCGAAAAAUCUCGCGAGUUGCGAAUUAUGUCUGGAUAAUGCAAACGCAUCAGAGUACGCCGCCCUUCACGACGGGCGAACCGCCGCCCAAGCGGACGAAGCGGCCACGCGCCGCGCAGGCCUGCGAUCGCUGUAGGACGAAGAAGUAUAAGUGUGACGAGCAGUAUCCGUGCUCGCAUUGUAAAAAGAGUCAGUUGGAUUGUGUGUAUCAGGGGAAUUAUCGAGAACGCGAAAGCAACCGGUCUGCAAGCUAUGUUGCCGACCUCGAGAAAAAGGUCGAGGAGCUGGCUUCGAGGUUGCGAAAUGCCGAAGCUCGGAUCACGGCAUCCCCGCAAUCAACAAAGCUCCCAACGCAGCCCCCAGCACCGACGGGAAUAGAGACUACUCCAUGCUCAAUGCCCCGAACAGGGUCUACACCUCAGGAGACAGUCAAACCACCCGGUGAGACGACAAAUGAAGAGUCUGCCGAAAGCGCAGACGACGAAAUCAAGGAAUUGAACCACCACACCAACGGCAUCGAGUUCUACGGUAGUACCUCAUCAGCAGCGAUAAUCGGCCAUUUGAAAAAGGCACGAGAUCCAAAAAGCAACGAGGAGCCGUAUCCUCGACCAGCAGAUUGCUCCCUGAUCUCCACCCUGCAUAACCCCAGUUUCUCGCCAUCUUGUUCCACCGGACCGACUGCCGCCAUUGAGCAGCAGAACUAUUACUUUGAUCAGGCACAUGUGUUUAUGAACGGAUAUUUCGAGAAUAUCCAUUUCAUCCAUCCGUUCAUCGACAAAGAGGACUUUUUAUUACGUGCAAAUGACCUCUGGUUCAAUCGGUCACAUACACCGGAGCCGAGCUUCGUCGCUCUGUAUUUGAGUGUACUAUCCUUUGGCGCUCUGGUACGUGUCUGGGAUGAAGAUAAGCUUGCCGGCCUGGGACGCUUUGAGUGGAGUCGAAAAUUGUUUGGUGAGGCUCAGGCGUAUCUGAACUAUUUACGAUUUUCAAAUGAUCUUGAAACGGUGCAAUGCCUUUAUAUGAUGGCCAAAAUCUGCCAGAACGAGCUGAAUCCGAAUUUGGCCUACAUGUAUCUGGGUCUGGCCGUACGCACAUGUCUCUCUGCUGGCUUUAAUCGAGAGGUGGAGUGCCCCAAGGACCCUCGUUCGAGCUGGAUCUCGAAGACUUGGUGGGGCAUGUUCUCGCUGGAAAUAGAAAUGAGCUUUUCCGUGGGCCGGCCAGAUACCCUGGGAAUGGACGAAUACCACAACCGAGCCAUUCCAGAUCGCGAUGACUCCGAAUAUGCCAUCAUCCCCUGGAUGAUUGACUUUGCCCAGAUUAUACGGCGAGUGUCUGUUCAGAUCUAUCAUUCACGCAUUACACUUCAAGAGAAACUUCAGCUGGCUCUUCAAAUUGAGAUGGAGAUGGACCGCUGGCUUGCGAGGCUACCAGAGCGAAUUAAGCCAGACAUCGGCGCUUACAGGCUUUCGCGUAGCGCACUUCGUGAUCCAAAGUGGGCUAGAAGGCAACGUCUUGUGCUGGGAAUUCGAUAUUAUAACGUGAAGAUGCUCUUGUUCCGGCCGUUCUUGAGCCAUUUCACCCGAAAACUCCGGCAUCCGCCCAAUGAACUAGAAGAGACGAUCGCCAAGUGUCUGGAUGCAGCCAUGAAGACGAUCGAAGUGAUCCACGACAUCUACCGAGUGCACACAUUCUUCCGAUGCUGGUGGUACAACACAACCUACGUGAUGUUCGCCACAUCCACCCUCCUCCUCCCCAUGUCCAAACUUGGAAUGUGCGCCGACACAAUGCCCCUCCUCCGCUCCGUCGAAAUGGGCGUGGAAAUCCUCGAGUCCAUGGAUGAAUCCGUCGUGGCCCGGAAAUCAGUGGAGAUCAUCCGCCAAUAUCUACGGGACUUCAGAGCUUCCGGUGCGCAGCAGCCUGUGUCCGGAGUAAGUGAUGGGGCCGAGGAGUUGCCAGACUCAACGGAAGUAGGGGCUGGUCAAUCUGGCUUUGAAAUUCCAGAGUGGGCUUAUGGAUUUGGGUUCCCGGAUUAUUCGUUUGAAGGGAUCGCUCGGCUGUUUGAUGAUAUUGGGGGCUUGCCUAUGCUGGAUGGUGAUUAG